AUGAUCAUCACGACAGCAGGUGAAGUCGUUUUAGAGUGGAAUAGUGCUGAUAAUAUACAGAUUUUGACUGGGGCGCGGCGGACUGCGCGGGCGGUGGGACUCCGCUUAGUUUCCGGGGCGGCGCACACCCGAGUCCGGGAACCGAGGCGUUUUCAGGUUCUAGGGCCGUUACGAAGCUGCAGGAGCGAGACGGAGGUGGACGCACCGGGUGGGGAUGGUCGAGACGGUCCCCGGGAGCGGCGAGGCCAGAGCGAGGCCGGGAGGCGGAGCCUCGCUGUGCGGCCUCAGGCCGGGGCAGACGGGCUGCCUCAACACUCGUGCUGCUCGGACCGCCGGCUCUUCGUGCUUUUCGACGCGGUGGUAUUUCUCUUCGUGUAUUUUUUGCCAUGACUCAUUUGGUGAGACCUAUAUUAAGAAGUUCCUUCUCGAGUGAAUUCUGAAAAUGGCCACAAACGUCUUGAAUAAAGAAGACAGGACUCUCAACAGAAGAAUUCCAAAUCUCCAAGGGACCCUUCCUUUCAUUUUAUACUUUGUUACUAAUUUGCAGAACUCUAUUAAAUUGGUAGGAUUUCAUU